AAACGAGAAUCCACAUAGAUAUAUAUAAUCGCACAAUAUAAACCAGCAGACCGACUUAUCAACAUUCUUCUAUCGUCAUUCUUUUAUCGUACAACAUGGAGAGAGUUGAAGUUUGUGUACGUGAUGGCAAGUUGGUUGGUAUUGUCAAAAAAGGUAUUUAUGGUGGUCGCUAUGUUGCCUUUCGCGGAAUACCAUAUGCGAAACCUCCGAUUGGUGAACUCAGAUUUAAGGAUCCUGUACCACCAGAACCGUGGUCCGGUAGCAGAGAUGCUUUAAAAUACGGAAAUGUUGCUGUUCAGAUAGAUGUUAUCCAAAAAUCAAAAAUUAUAGGCGACGAAGACUGUCUUUAUUUAAAUGUGUUCACUACAGAUAUUAAGUCUUUGAAAAAACGUCCUGUAAUGGUAUGGAUACAUGGCGGUGGCUUUUUUUUCGGAUCUGGUGAUUCGACUCUUUAUGGUCCUGAUUAUAUUGUGAAAAAAGAUGUAGUGUUGGUUACUCUAAAUUACAGAUUAGGCGUCCUAGGUUUUCUGAAUCUAUAUGAUAAAGUAGCAACGGGCAAUCAAGGUCUGAAGGACGUGAUCUUGGCAUUACACUGGGUCCAGAAAAAUAUAUCAGAGUUUGGUGGAGAUUCAGAAAAUGUCACCAUUUUUGGCGAAAGUGCCGGCGGAGCUAUAGUACAUUAUUUGACGUUAUCUCCAUUAAGUGAAGGUUUAUUUCAUAAAGCGAUAUCGCAAAGUGGCACUGUUACAUGUCCGUGGGCCCUUACCGAAUUAGAAUCUUGUUCAACGAAUAAAGGCUUCUUGCUCGCUAAAAAACUCGGAAAAGUGACCGAAGAUCCGAAGGAUGUCUACGAGUUUCUCAAAAUGAUCGACGCGAAAAAACUCAUAGAGACUCAGAAGUUUCUCGCGACAGAAGAAGAGCGUCAACAAUUUCUUCUAAUUUUUACACCUACUCUGGAUCACGAAUCAUCAAAUCCAGUCUUCCCGGGAGAUCUAACGACGCUUAUACAUCGUGGUGUUAAAGUGCCAUAUCUUCUGGGUUUUACAAAUUGCGAGGGAUCUGUUCUUUUAAAAAGUAACUUUUAUGGAUACAUUACUAAGGAGGCUCUCAGUCAAGUAGAUUCUGACUUUAAACUGGCAAUAUAUCCCAGAGUUUUAACUACACUGCCAAAGAUACCAAUCACAUUAUGUCAAUUACGAUCUUUAUAUUUUGGUGACGAAAAUAUUUCAGAGAAAACAGUGCCUAAUUACAUUAAUUUACUCAGCGAUAUAUUUUUUUUUCGCGGUAUUAUGCAAGCAGCGGAUAUUCAAAUGAAUAAUGAUAAUUCUGGAAAGACAUAUCUGUAUCAAUUCUCAUACGGAAGCGAAACCUCACUCAUGAAGAAAAUUCUCAAUACUGACUUUCCAGGUGCGUCUCAUUGCGAAGAACUGUGUUACCUGUUUUAUCCUGAUAUAAUAAAAGAAUUAGGUUUAUCAGUACCCGCACCUGAUUCGGAGGAUUAUAAAAUGAUAAGUCGCUUAACGCAGAUGUGGACAGAUUUCGCUAAAACAGGAAAUCCAACACCCGCGAUUACGGAUUUGACUCCAAUUAAGUGGACACCGUUAAAGCCCGCCGGAGAUGUGUACGAUUAUUUAGACAUUGAUGUCAAACCUCGAAUGAAAACUUUUCGUAAAGGAGAGCAGCGCUGGGAGUGGAAGAAUACAUGAAAUAUAGCUAUGAUCAUUCUGUCUGCAAAAAUUAAUCAGUAGUAAAAAAAUUGGCAUUUUUUAACACAUUUUGCGAUAAUAAACAUAUUUUUUCUCUUCUUUUGUACUUUCCUUUUGUAUUUCAAAUUAUAUUGCGUCACAAAUAAUGUCAUAGUUGCUUGAAGAUAAAGAUGUCGUAGUUGCU